AUUUAAGUCCACUGAACCUUGUUUGUUCUCUCACUUCAUGUUAAUACAGAUUAUUAAAUACAUAAAGUUGUCAAAUGGAUUUCUUCAGAGAUACGAUGGUGAACAAACAGAACUCUACGUCUUCGAUGGACACAGAACCCGAGAUGCUAUCGCUACUGAGAAAUAUUGAGGCAUUACUUACAGUUAUAGCCCACAACACACAACGCAGUCACGAUGUUCUGCCGGAAAGCUCUGUGGUGAAUGCAGCUGAUCUGAGUCAGAACAACGCUUCAGUGGAGCGACAAGACAGUGAAAUGGAUUUUCAAGUGAUGUAUUUAUUCUCGGAUGUUCCAGAGGAACCGGUAGCGGAAUUGGAAGAUGAUCAGGAGGAAGAUGCCCCCAAGGCAAACAGUUGUUCGGACGAGACUCCAAUUGUAAGUGACGAAGAAGCUACUGUCGACCUGCCAAUUGUAAAGUGGAGCCGAGUAGACACCAAAAGCGGGUUGAAUGUGUAUCAUUCGGAUGAUAGGUGUAAAUUCCUGAAGAACAUAAAACCGCAAGAUCUUAUGAUAGGUAAGCAGCCACCAUCGGAGCGAAAAUCAUGUAUGCUGUGCAACGGUAUAAGAGUAGAGGGCGCUGGUGUCGACAUGCAAAUGGAAGCCGUCGAGCCUCUUAUGAAAUUAGAUACUGGUUCCGAUGAAGCCCUUAUCGAAAGCGACGCAGAAUCUGAAGCUAUAGUCGAGCUACCCGCGGUGAUGUGGAAUCGAAUUGAAACACAGAACGGUCUGAACGUGUACCAUAUCGAUGAUAGAUGUAAGUUCUUGAAAAAUAUCAAACCUGAAGAUGUGAUGACGGGCAAACAAGCACCAACUGACCGUAAGAUGUGCAUGUUGUGCAAUGGGUUAAAGGUCGAGGACAAGCUGCCGACAAAGUACGAGAUGACAAGCAUAACUCAGACUUCAUUCCCAAUUUCCAUUUGAUGUGCGCUUGGAUUACCGAUAGCUGUUGACAGCUAUUCAGAGAUGCAUCACGUGCUAUUUCAGCGCAUCCUUGUUGUUUACAACAAAAUCACGAUGGUGGUCUGCGUCGAGCGAGUGCAUAACCAAAGCUUUCUCUUCAUCCCUGAGUAGACCAAGGUCACCCCUGGCUUCCAGAGUUAUACUACAUGCUCAAUAAGUUUCACCUACUCGGCUUUAGGUGGACUAUCUUACGAGCCUCACGCAGGGCUAAUUAUUUAGUCAAUACUAUGCGUUGAUAAAAGGCUGUGCAGACAUGUACGAUGUCAAUAAAGUAUACCGCUAUAGACCUAUUCUUUAAAAAUAUUAGCGUGCUA